ACGUUUUGCAGUGGUGGAGAAGAACGUGAACGUCAUUUCUACAAUGGCGGAGGCUGGGUGAAGAGGAGAGUGUGUGGAAAGCGGCGUCGUAAUCGUCAGAGCUACAAAGCCUUUACCGAGCGCACGGUGCCCCAAAAUGGCCCUGAACCCCAAGGCUGCGGGAAAGGCGGACACAGAAUGCGCGGAGACAGGCGAGCCGCUCCCGGAGGGCGGCGAAGCUGACAAGAAUUCAGCCGCCACUUCGGCCACAGCCAACCAAAAUGGCGAUCAGCCUGGAUGCAGAGACGGUGUAAUGCCAGAACAAGAAGCCCCAGAACGGCGGAGGAGCGUGCUCGCGGAGGCCCGGGGCCCCAGCGGCUCUCCCUUGCCGGCGCAGAGAUCGAGCGAGGAGUUGCCACGGAAAAAUUUCCAGAUUCCGAGGAAGACGAGAGAACGGAAAGGGCUGUACCAGUUUCUGCCCCCCGAAAGCCGUGAGUUUGAAGGCCUCGUGAAGAUCAUCUCCUCCUUUUACUUGGACGCGUCGUCGCGCGGAAGCUUCUCCUACUGUAAGGCCAGGCUGAUUCACAACGAGCUGCUGGAGAAGGAGUUCAUUGAGAAGCGGCGAGAAAUGAAGCAGGAGGGGCGAACCGAACAAGAGCUUGUCGAGUCGUACUGCUUCCUUUUUCCAGACAAGUCCAAGCUCCAGUGGAUCUGUGAGAAGGGGUUGUCAGUAGGACACUGCAAGGUUACAACAUUAGGAAAUCCAUCAGUGGGUGUUUACCUCUCUAAGUAUUCAGACUUAUUACAAAUAAAUCCCUUCGAAGUGGGUUCCUUUGGAGAUAUGCUCAUCUUUAAAGUCAUGAGGGGGCGGAUAAAGCACAUCCACGAGAACACGCCUAAGAACGCCAUCGAACCUUCCCCCAAGUUCGACUGUCACCUGUCCAAAAGCGCCAACAGGGUCACGUCGCUGCUGUCGUAUCGAGCUUUCGAGCUCACGCAGCAAUAUUUUUUCGAGUUCGCGUUCGACGAGAUCAAAGCGCGGCCCAGGCACGUGUGCCCCUACGCCGUGGUUUCCUUUCAGUACAAAGGCAAGGAGGUGGCAGCGUCCCCGAUGAGCGCGCACAGGUUCAACACUAUUUCCCCUGAAGGAAGUAAAGGCAAGAGCUGCUACACGGUGUGGAGCGGUCCCCUGGUGAACAAAGGCCAGGAGUUGUUCCCCGUCUGUUUACGCUCCUUUUCACGUCCCUACCUUCCUUUCAAGCUACGUGAGAAGCUGGAGAUGAAUCAAGGCAUGCAGCUGGAUCAGGUGAAGAGGAAGAUCCCCCCGUUCCUGUUUUCCUGGGACACCUACAGCAUAUCACGGGAAGUGAUGAAGUGUGGGAUGUCCUGCAGCCUGUUUGAGGUGGUGGAAGGAAAAGGUAAAGCAACCAGCGGCAGCCUGGCAGCACUGAUCAACAAACUGGAGAGAGACCGAAUGGUGCUGGUGAAGCCCUUGUUUGACAGGGGCUUCCUCUUCCUGUUGUCCUCAGCUCAGAUGAUGGAGUCGAAAGAGCGGCGGGGGCGGAUGGAGAAGAAGCUACAAGCAUUAUUCAUCUUUCAGGAGUCGAGGAUGGUUGUCAAGCACUCUUCCAGAGUGUUGGAGCCAGAGCCGCUGACGGCGGAGCCCAGGCCGGCUUUCCUGUCCGCCAUGGAGCCUUUUGUCCCUGCACUACAUUAUGCCUUGUUUAAGCUGCGUCCCAACCCGGGCAAGGACCUGAGUCUGGGGGUGGAACGCCAAUCCACAGAGUACCUAACGCGCAUGGACUCGGGGACGAUGCGGCCUUUUAUCCUGCCCGACUACAAAAACAGUUUUGACGAGAGGGCGAGCCCUCUCUCGGUGCCUAGACCCAAAUUCAACAUGGACGGCGUGCUGCGGUCGUACGUGCACAACUCCGCCAACUACGUUUUACCUCUGGGCAAGGCACGGGACAUAGUGGAGCAAAUACGGAACCCCGCCCCCGUGCCGCCGCCCGCGCCCGUUCCCGUCUGCGCCCCUCUUCCGGUCCCGGUGGAAUACAGCCCCGUUUCUGACUGGGGCGGCUCGGACCGGGGCUCGGACAGAGCAGACAGGCCGUCCCUCGAGAGGCUCGUCCAGGAGAAAGCGCCUCCUGAAAGCAGCAAGCGAAGGCAGGACUUGGCGCAUUCCAACGGCGCCCAGCUGCAGCCCAAGCCCCACGUGGAGCCCCCGCCUCAGAAGGCACGGCUGACCCAGAGCGAGUACGAUCAGGACAAGAUGAAACAGCUGCUCAAGCUGAUCCAGCUGCAUAAGAAGACCCUGGUGCAGGAUCCCGGGAAGGACCGGGGAGAGGACGGCGGCUGGGACGCCAACAGCCUGAAAAGGAAGUUCGAAGGAGACGUCGGGGGAGGCAUGAACAAACAUCAGCGUAUAGACCCUCUGAGCAACGGGGAACCCAGCAGAGGCCAGGCGGUGGACAUCGGAGACGAGGCAGGCCAGAGAGACAGCCUGACGGCAGUGAUGGAAAGCAUGGGCAUCUACGACACGGACCUGAGGAACCGUGGCGGCAGCGGCGGCGCCGACGCCUCCACGGCCAACGAGACCCAGCGCCUCCUCAAAAUUCUCCUGGCCACGCUCAACAAAGCCAUGGCUCAGAGCGCCGUGCCCGUGCUGCCAAACCACGGCGAUUCCUCGACCAGUUCAGGAAUGAUGGAGUCCAUUCUCUCCGACUCAGCUGCCGGGAUGCAAAUCGAGACGGCUCCACAGACGAACUACGCGGAGGAGGACAUGGACUGCAGCCCUGGGAGUCCUAUCAGCAUGCGCUCCCCGCCUCAGGCAGCACAGCCCUUAGACAUCGUAGUUGGGGACAUUCCUGUCAACGAAGACAAAGCCCAGCCUCUGGCCGAGUCCAGGCCGGAACCAGAGCCCGCGCCUGCGGCAGAAACCAGCCAGGAGCCAAAGACGACGCCCGCCGCUUCGGAAGCAAAAAACGCUGCCGCUCUGAUGGUUGGAGAGGAGGUUCCCUUCCGGCCCUCCAUCAGCUUGGACACGGUGGUGAACCAGGAGAUCCACAGCCUGUCCUCUGACAUCAAGAACAUAAUGCAGACUGAGUGCAUCAGCUAUACCUCGCAGCCCUCCCCGCGGCUGUCCCUGCGUCGCUGCUGGCAGCCCGGCAGCUCCUUCUCAGACUACGUCGUCCGCUACGUCCCGCCCGUCUCUGUCGCCGAGCACGUCGAAGCGCUACGCGAAAAGAUGGUCAAGUUGAUCCCCGUCGCACCUGCCUCCCCCAACGUCACCUCUCCUCCCCCUCCCCCUGCCACCGCCUCCGGUCUUACAGCCCCACCUCCGGCGACCGUCCAGGCUUCCGCGGCUAAAGCAGAACCCUCUCUUUCGAAGACCGCCGCGUCCUCCAACGGCGGCAAGGCGAGCUGCCGCGGCAACGGGCCGGCGUCCGUCAAGGCUAGAACGGAAACGUCGUCGCCGGACAGGGGGGGCGUGCUUUACUCGCCCUCUCACACCACAGCCGACUCUCCAGACUUGAACUCCCACCCGGCCGGCGCCGGUGCCGACGGCAGCGGGAGCCUGCUCAGCGGGAGCCUCAUCGGGCAGCUGAAGCCCGAGGUUUUCACCAGCCUGGUGGAGAUCUUCAAGGACGUAACAAAGAACACGGUUAAGUUUUACAUCUACUCCGGAGAAGAAGGCGAGGACGGCACCGUGUGCAAGGAGAUCAAGGAGUACUUGAAAAGUCUGGGCAACAGCGAGUGCAGCCCGCAGACGUUUCUGGAAAACAGUGGAAGUUUGGAUAAGCUGCUCAUCAUCAUCAGGAACGAGGACAUCGCUGCGCAUGUUCACAAGAUUCCAGCUCUGGUAUCCCUGAAGAAGUUGCCGUCGGUGAGCUUCGCUGGAGUGGACUCUCUGGACGACGUCAAGAACCACACGUACAACGAGCUGUUCGUGUCGGGAGGCUUCAUGGUGUCCGACGAGUUCGUGCUCAACCCCGACCUCAUCACACAGGAUCGUUUGCAGGCGCUGCUCAAGUUCUUGGAGGAACAGAGCACUCCAGAACAGCCCUGGCAGUGGAAGGUCCACUGCAAGUCCCAGAAGAAGCUUAAAGAGCUGGGCAGGUUAAACACCAACGCCAUGGGGCUCUUGAACCUUUUAACGAGUUACCAGAAGAAGCAUCUGGUGGAGUUCCUCCCGUAUCACGAGUGUGACACCCAGUCGCGGCAGGCUCCAGACCUGGAGUGCCUGAUCAAGCUUCAAGCUCAGCACACGCAACAGCGGCACCUUAUCUUCCUCACAGAGAGGCCAUUCGAAAUGUUCCUGCAGUACUCCAGGAAUGGAAUAGUGAUCGCGAGCAUUGACGAUGUUAUGAGCGGUUUUCACAGUCUGAUUGGAUCCAUUAAUCAGAAUGAGCUUCCUACACCACCUUCCACUGUAGUGAAUGAUGAGUGCGUGGAGGCGGAGGACAUGUCAUUAGACUCUGAUGACGGCGAGCCACCAACCAUGUCAGAUCCUCUAGAGCAGGUUCAGGCUAACAAGAACAAUGCCGAGCCGCUGCCGCUGCUGCCGCCGUCGGAGAAAGACGACUUUCGCCCGCCGCUGGCCGACCUGCAGGCCACCCCCGACAGGACGUCGGCGCUGGCCGAAUGCAGCGCUCUCAAGACGGCCAUCUCCCAGUUCAAAGCCGCCAACCAGAUCGGCUUGGCCUGCCCGGACAUCGGCGGCAUGUCGCCAGGAGGGUUCCCUGUAAAUACCCACCAGAGUUUCCUCUGCCCCUCCGCCUCCUGGUCGUCCUACAGCGGCUCCUCCAGCUACGUGGCGUCCCCGGCGUAUCCCGCCUCGCCCUGCAGCAGCACGCAGGAACAAGAAUACCGCCCCUCGUCCACCCUCGCUCCGGCACUUCCGACUCCGCCCGUCUUGGCCGCGGUGGGGCCUCUGGCGAACCUGGCUUCCCUGCCCUUAGAGGUCAAGCGCCCUCCUCCUCCCCCUCACUUGAUUAUGCAGGGGCAGACGCACGUGCCAGACGCCAUAGGAGCGGCGCCGGCUGCCGCCUCGCCGCUCGUCAGCGCGCUACCUUACAAAGAACACGGCGACACGACCCAGCCCAGGUACACGGGGGUCGUUCCCAAUAGUGCCGGCGGGACCCCCACGCAGCACGAAAGGACACUCGGCGGGUCUGGAGAAAGCGUUUGGGGCGUGGCGGAGACGAGCGCCUGUGAGACUGCUUGCAGCCAGGGCGCGGUACCGUCCAGCUCGGCGGACCCCGGCGCCGUCCCCAAAACGGGUGAAAUUCCCGUGGGCAGCACCCCUGGCACCCAGGGGGGCAGGACUCCUGGGAGUGGUGCUGAAAGCCUUGGAACUCCAGUGGGUAUUCCCCCAAUGGCCACCAGAGGGGGCUCCAUACCCAGACCCAAGCUGCCUCCACAUCCAGUGGGGGGUUUGGGUUAUGGCAGUAUAGGAGGCAUUCCUGGACACGUGGACCAUUGGCCUGUGCGUGGAGCUAUGGGUCCUGGUUCUUUAGGGGGCUUCAGAGGCAGAGGAGCCCCUCCGAUAGGAGUCUGGCCUCGGCCAGGUCGAGGACAGGAACACGGGGACGGGACUGGAGGUGGGCCCUGCUCCUGGGUUUACCCACCGGGUAGGGGAGGGCCACAGAAUUACUACACGUACUCUCAUAAUUACGCCCCUGAAUAGACAAUCAUCACGAUGAAAGGGGCAAUGCAAGCAGCAGAAACCAGAGACGGCGCUGGCUGAAUGUACAUAUUUCCUUGUCAUAAAGCAUCGAUUUAAGGCGGUAACUAUGGAUUCUGGUUUUCUACAUUAAUAAAGGUAGAUACAGGCAGUGCCGGGUGUCCUGCUGUCGUGAAAACUCUCUGUACACUCUUUCCGUGUGAUCUAUUUGAAAACCCUCUUCAAACCACUAUAUUUAUAUUUGCCAACAAAUGUUUAUGGCCUUCCAGCUUCUCAGAAUUGACCACACUAUUUCUGUUUGUUCCAGUUUUGAAACGGUUUGUGAACAAAGGGGGUAACGGCGGAUAUUUUUUUAAGGAAAAAAACAACAAAAUGAAGUGAAUAAAAUUUCACUUUUGCUGUUUUGGUUUUGUUUUUGUUUUUUAUUUUACAUAUUUGUCCAAAAUUCUAUUAAAAAUAAAACAUUUCAAAUCCUGUUUGUUUGAUGGGUUUGACGGUGUCAAUCGAACCAUUAAAAAACAAAAAAAACCCGAAAGAAAUA